CCACACCACAUACGCAUUUUAUUUUGCAAAUGUCGGUUCUAGUUCUUUAAAAAGUAGAAAACUUCGUUUUUCUUGCGUAAAUAAGUUCAAUUAAAAAAAUAAAAUUACAAUUUUUAAUCCUCUUCUAGUGUAUUCACGUUUUCUAAUAAAAAUACCCUUUAAAAACAAAAAUGACCGUUAAUGCAAAACAAGAAGAUCCACCGCCAAGAGCGCGUUGUUUCUUCGAUAUUAAUCUCGGUGGUUUGCCAGCGGGCCGAAUUGUUUUCGAGUUAUUCACGGAUAUCGCACCGAAAACUGCUGAGAAUUUCCGUGCCCUGUGCACUGGUGAAAAGGGAAUUGGUUUGGUCACUGAAAAACCAUUGCAUUAUAAAAAUGUUAUAUUCCAUCGGGUUGUUAAGGAUUUCAUGAUACAAGCUGGUGAUUUUUCAGCGAAUAAUGGAACUGGAGGCGAAUCAAUUUAUGGCGGAACUUUUGAAGAUGAGAGCUUUGAAAUCAAACACAAUCGCCCGUUUCUGCUAUCGAUGGCAAAUCGUGGCAAAAACACAAACGGCUCUCAAUUCUUUAUUACUACACAGCCUGCUCCACAUCUUGACAAUAUUCAUGUUGUAUUUGGACAUGUUGUUUCUGGGCAUGAUUUAGUCCGUCAGUUGGAACAAUUACCCGUGGAUAGGAAUUCUCGUCCUCUGCAAGAUGCUAUCAUUUCAAAUUGUGGCGAACUGAUAAAACAAAUUAAAGUUAAAAAGGAUAAAAAGAAAAAGAAACGAGCAGCAUCUUCAGAAGACGAGGGUUCUUCGGAGGAUUCAUCAAGCGAAAAGAAGAAGCGCAAAGAUAAAAAGAAGAAAAAGGACAAAAAACGAUCAAAGCAUGAAGAGUCUGAGGAAGAAGUCACUGAUGUCAAAGAGGCAAAUGAAAAUUCAGAAACCUUAGAAGAUGGCGAAAUACACCCUCUAGUAUCCAUUACAAAAAUCGAUCCCGAUGAGAUUCCAGAAGUAUCUAAUAAAUUCCUUAUGCGUGGUGGAUCCAAACGAGAUGCAUCACAGGAAAACAACGCACGCGAUGAAGACCGCAGAGAGAGGGAUGAUGGAAAUAGAAAUCGACGUGACAGUGGCAGUCGAAAUGCAUUCGGAUGGUCUAAAAAGAGAGUUCCUACAUCACGAAGCGGACGUGUAGUCAAAGGACGUGGAGUUUUCCGCUAUCGUACUCCAUCCAGAUCUCGCAGCCGUUCUCGAAGUGUGACUCCACCACAUUGGAAACAGGCACAGAAACGAACAAUUAAAUUAUCCGACUUAGAAAAAUUGGAAGAAGAAAAACAAAUGCGAGAUGAAGAAAUCAAAAGGCGUGAAUCUGAGCGUAAGAAACGCCAUGAAGAAGUAAGACUCAAAGAUACCAAGAAAUCGUUUUACGAAUUGGAUGCAAAUGCCUAUGAAAAGCCAAACGUUGAAAAUAGACGCGUUGAUAAAGUUGCUGUUAGUGACAAACGUGAAUAUCCUGAUCAUGAGAAGGACAAACCAUCGGAGAGCACAAGGCAUAAAUCUGUCGAAAAGGAACAGAAGAAACUUGUCGAUAUGAAUGCUUUGGAUUAUGAAGACCAAGUUGGGAGUGAAAAUGAGGAAAGGAGAUCACGAAGUGAAUCGGUGGACAAGAAAUCGCCAAUUAAAACUGAAAUAAAUGACAAAGAGAAGAAAGACGAUCGACGAGAUAGAAGGGUUUCUCCACGAAGUAGACGAUCGCCGGACACGAACAGGGACAGGGAAAGACGUCGUAGGUCAAAUUCCAGAGAUGGAGACAGACGUAAUAGAUUCGCUGGUCGUAGAGCAGAUUUUCGCUCUCCACGCAGGCGAAAUUUCGGUCGUCGUGGGUUCGGUGGCAAUAAUAAUGGAGGUGGCUUUGGUGAUAGACGCAGGCAAAGGUCACGCUCGUUUGAUCGUUUCCGAAAUCGCCGGUCUCCUGUUCGCCGGCGAUCACCUGGUGAUCGUCGUUCACCAGUUGAACGCCGUUCACCCGCUGAUCGGCGUUCAUCUAGUGAUCGUAGAUCACCAGCAAGGCGUAGAACAUCCACCGAUCGGAGAUCACCGGCGAAGCGCAGGUCAUCCACAGAUCGCAGAUCUCCAGCCAAUCGAAGAUCAUCGGUCGAUCGAAAUAACCGAUCCCCGGCUAAUCGUAGAUCUCCAGCCAAUCGAAGAUCAUCGGUUGAUCGAAGUAAUCGAUCGCCGGCUAACCGCAAAUCUUCUUCUGAUCGUAGAUCACCGGAUAAUCGUAAAUCGUCUCCCGAACGUAGAUCACCUGCAAAUCGCAAAGCAUCAACUGAUCGUAGAUCACCCUCAAAUCGAAAGGCUUCUGCGGAUCGAAGAUCACCCACUGACAAAUCACCUACUGAGCGUAAAUCACCUUGUGAUCUGAAAACGUCUGUCGAACGGAAACCAUCAGCAGAACCAAAAUCCACUACCAAUCGCAGAUCGUCUAGAGAUCGAUCUCCGAAUAAGGAUAGAUCAUCGGGUGGCAAUAGAUCUCCUGCCAAACGCAAGCCCUCUACAGAUCGCAGAUCUCCGGAAGUAAGUAAAACAUCCUCCAAUCGCAGAUCAUCUCCUAAGCGCAGAUCUGCUGAUCGCAAAUCACCUGCUAAUCGGAAACAAUCUGACGAUCGCAGAUCACCUGCUAAACGCCGAUCAUCGGUUGACCGCCGUUCGCCAGCCAACCGCAAGUCAUCGGUUGACCGCCGUUCGCCAGGCAAUCGUAGGUCAUCAGUCGAUAGAUCCAGUGACAGACGUCGUCGUCGUUCUCGCAGCCCUCGCAGAAGGCGUGACAGUCGUCGAUCUGAGUCCCCGAGCAAACCAAAGCAAUCGAACACAUCUCGGGAUCGUCAAGAUAAUAAGCGUUCCAAGUCAAAAUCUCCACGAAAAUCAUCACCAGGUCCCCAAUCCAGCUCCACAUCAGCCCCGUUAAAUCCCCAAGAAGAACAAGAAAAACUUGCCCGAGAGAAAAUGCUUAAACGCGCUGAAGCCCUUCAACUAUUCAAAGACCACAUGCGCAAAGAAAUUGCCAAAGAAGAAGAACGCCGUGCCGAAAAGCAAAGACUCGAAGAUGAAGAAAAAGAACGAACUACCAGAGAACUACAAGAAUUGGAAAAUUUGAAAAAAGAAACUUUACUUAAGCUACAAGAUCAUGAUAAUACCAAAAAACAGCAAGUAUCAGAUAUUCCAAAAUCUAGUGAGAAGAGAGAAAGGGAAAAGGAAAGGGAAAAAGAAAAGGAUAAAGAUGACAAGCGAUCGUCUUCAUCGAAGGAUAAAAAGAAAAAACGUAGCAAGAAAUCAAGGAAACACAGCAAAUCAUCCAAUGAAUCAGAUUCUGAUUAGAGAAGAAGCAUGGGAGUCAGUUUUAUAAUUUCAGAAAAAACGUAAAUUUUCAGACAACAACAACAAAAAAAACAAAUUAUAUUUUAAGUGCAAUUUUAAAUUGCACCGAAAUAAUAUAAGAACGGUUUUGUGUACAGUAUUUUUAAAUAUUGCACGAAUUAAAUACCAAUUAAAUUAAAAAUAUAAUGAGUACAUAUUACCUGAAAUGAAAACAUGUUUUAAUACAUUAUGUGUACAGUACACAGCUAAAUGGA